AUGUCAAAUCUUUCUAAACUUGAAUUUGUAGCCCUGGAUAUAUUGGGCAAAAGCUACAUGUCUUGGGUGCUUGAUGCUGAAAUUCAUCUUGAUGCGAUGGGUCUGGCAGACACCAUCAAGGAUAAAAAUCAGGCAUCAAACCAAGACCGUGCCAAAGCAAUGAUAUUCCUACGCCAUCACCUUGAUAAGGGCCUGAAAAUAGAAUAUCUCACUAUUAAAGAUCCAGUCAUAUUAAUUAUUUCCCAAGUGAAAUUAUGUGGUGAUAAUAUUACUGAUCAUGAUAUGCUGGAGAAAACUUUCACCAUUUUUCAUGCCUCGAAUAUGCUCCUGCAGCAGCAAUAUCGAGAGAUGGGAUUUAAAAAGUAUUCUGAACUUAUCUCACAUCUUCUUAUAGCCGAGCAACAUAAUGGGCUAUUAAUGAAAAACCAUGAAAGCCGACCUACUGGUUCUUGUCCAUUCCCUGAAGUGAAUGAGAUGAACUUCCACCAAGCUAGAUGUGGAAGAGGUUGUGGCCCCAGUCGUGGUCAUGGCCGUGGUCGGGGAAGAAACUCUGAUCAUGGUAAUAAUAAUGCAUCAAAGAACCCUCCUCGCCACCAGCAGUGGAAAAGGAAGGAACAAAAGCAUGAAGCGGUGCAGGCACCAAAUGCAGAAAAUGCAUGCUAUAGAUGUGGAGGAAAAGGGCACUGGCCAUGUACCUGCCGUACGCCAAAGCACCUAGUUCAGCUUUAUCAAGCCUCCCUGAAGAAGACAGAGAAAAAUGCUGAAGCAAAUUUUAUUUCUGAAGAUAAUUUUGACUUCAUGCAUUUGGAAGUAGCUGAUUACUUUGUACUCCCAAAAGGAGAAACAAGUCAUGUAAUCGGUGGUGAAUCUGUAGAAAUGUAA